AAAAAAAGACGACGCAAACAGCGUCGGCUGCUCCCAAAAAAAAUCAUUAAUCGCUCCUCUUUCCAGCUGCCACCGGCAGCCCCUCCCACUCUUACUCCCUCAUCUGCUGUCUGCUUACCCUACUACUACGACUACCAAUUCCAAACCGAAACUUUGAACACGGCGGAAUCGAGCAGUGCUAGCGAUGUGUCGGAGAUGGGUUCAAUACAACCGUGUCUCGCAUGGUUGGAGUGGGCCCAGAUUGGUGGUGAGUUAAUGGGUUCAACGCAGCCCUGCACUGCAUGGCUAGAAUGGGCGACGAUCUAGGCCGGCGACGGGUUUCCUUUUGUAGUAUCCCUUCCCUGCAGAAUGACAGGUUGUUUGGAGUCGGCAUCUCCAGUCCUGGGUUAUGCCUUGCAGCCUUCAGUGGUGGGGAUUAUUUCCCUUUGAC